AUCCUUAACGAAUCCGACAGUAGCCAAUCCCAAAGUUCCUCCGUUUUUUUUUUUUUUGCUUUUUCCUCGGCCAGAAAGUUUAUUGUGCGGCCAUCGGUGUGAAGUGUGUCUUGCGAUGUGUGGCGUUUCCUGCGCGCCUUGGGCGCAGUUUCGAGCGGAUAACGCAUCGUAGAAUGUCCGACGGCCGCAUCUCGGGCUGGACCCGAUGAAAAUCGACAUGUCGCAAGCUCGUACGUGUCGCCAGCCGCCCGGACUCAGAGGAUCCGUUCACCUGACCGCCGAGGAGAACGAAACGCUCGCGUCCGCCGUCUACGAACACAAGUGGGAGGUAUUGGCUCUGGGCAUUGCCGAAGUGUACCGGUCUGGACCGCCCCCUCGGCAUGACCGGUGGUGCAGGUUCUGCUGCGGUGUGGUCUGCUUCAUCAAGGACAACGCCGCACGCGCUUUCUUCAUCAGGGUCUUCGACUUUGACAGAAGCGAGUUUGCCUGGGAGCAGGAGCUGUUCCUCGAGUUCUCGUACAAUGCCCAGCUUCCUUACUUCCACACCUUUGAGGCCGACGACUGUCAGGCCGGUCUCAACUUUGCCUUUGACGACGAGGCCACCGCUUUCAAAAGGGCGGUCGAAGAGAAACUGCGCAGCCGGCAGAAAAAGCGGGAAGAGAAAAGAAGAAACCAGAUGGCGCGGAGCGGAGGAUCGGUGCCCAAGCACGACCCCCAGAUUCCAAUGGGCCCGAGCACCAACGGUAUUUCGAGCGUAAGCAAGAAGCAGUCGUCGGGCGGCAAGAAGUCCAAGAAGCAGAAGGAGCGCAAGUACACCAAGGCUGACAUCAGCUGUCCCACCGACUUCGUGCACGUUCAACACGUGGGUUGGCAUCCCGAGAAGGGAUUCGACUUCCAGAACUACGUGGAGGAGACGGAGCUGACCAGGUUCUUCGAGAUGGCCAUGGUGACCGAGAAGGACCUGAAGGAGCCCUCGACGAGGGCCUUCAUCUACGAGUUCAUAGAGCGCAACGGCGGCGUGGACGUCAUCAAGGAAGGCGUCGGCAAGACGGAGGCCAGAGCCGCGCCCACUCCUCCUCCCAUUCCCAUGCGGGAACCUGCCCAUUCCCACACCCGGACACACCCCCAGGCCCCGGCCCCGCCCACCUCCGGAGCCAACGGGGUCGGCCACCGCAUGGUACCACCCCCUCCCCCGGCACGUACGGGACCCAACCGAGCGCCGGCCACGCCCCUCAGCAACGGGAGGACGACGGCCCCGCCCGCGAGGGGAGGGGCCUUCUCUCCGGCGGCCCCACCCCCUCCCCCACCCCCGCCGCCCAGCGUGGGAGCGAGGUUAGCCGGUGCUCCGCCCCCACCCCCGCCCCCGCCGAUGGGAGGCCCCGUCAACGGAUCCGCGCCCCCACCCCCCGGAGCUCCGAGGGCGGAGCCCAUAGGGGGCGGGGCGGGGGCGGACCCCAAGGCGGCCCUGCUGGAGCAGAUACGCAAGGGCAAGGCGCUCAACCACGUGGACCCCGAGACGGAGUCUACGCACAGCACAAACAGCAACCCAGACUCCCGGGGCGCCCUGCUUGACCAGAUUCGAGGGGGCAUCACGCUCAAGGCGGUUCCAGACGCACCGAAACCCCCGCCCUCGGACAACAAGCUGGAGGGUCUGGCCGGAGCCCUGGCGAGAGCGCUCCAGGAGAGGGCAAGGGCAUGCUUACAGGACAGCGAAUCAAGCGACGACUCCGAUUCCGAAGAGGACGAGUGGGAAGAUUGAUGCGUCGGUCUACAAUCGGAAGGAACCCUGGGCCGAGGCACCAAUAGCAGUCACGGUUGGCCAACGCCGGUUGCAGAGACGCGCCAACUGCUUUGCUGGCGACCCGGACGCGCUUAAAGGUGCACUAAAGACGUUUCGGAUAUCGUCUGUUCUUGAUGAUAACGCAUGCUACGUGAUCUUAAGGAUCGGGACCUAUUUCCCUACUUAAAAUGCGAUUGAACUUGUUUGUGCUACGCCCCUUUCCAAGCGGAAAAAUCUGAAUCACAAAAUCCAGCGGAGGCGCCGGCGGGCGUGCAUCAGCCAGUAGCAAGCCGCUUCUCUCUGAAAGGCAACCUGCGAUUGGCCAACACGCGCCCGUCGUCACGCCACCAGCGCUUGCACUGAAUUCUUUGCUCCAGAUUUUUCCGCUUGCAAAGGGGUAUGGCGGGAACUUUGAUCGCAUUUUUAGUAAAAAAAUAGACAUCGCACGAGCAUAAUUUUUAGAUUUCCGGUAUGCUGAGAUCCCGUAGAAUGAGUUAUCACCAAGAACAGACGAUCUCAGAAACGUCUUAAGUGCGUCUCUAAGGGGUACUGCAUACUGGCACACACAUGGGCGGUCUGCCGCAGUGGCAACACUGAAGUAUAACGGUGUUGCCAACAGGCUGUUUUUGUCAGGUUUGCAGGAAAACUUGGCCAACGUUUGGCCCACUCUGCUUGCAGUUGUUGCUGGUGACCCGGCCACACUUCCUGUUGGCAACGCCGGUGUUUCUUGUCGUGUCUGGGAGAACUGUUUGCCAACCCUGCUCGCAGACACAAGAAAGACGUACUGUUAUUCCGCCUAAGUUACGGAAUAGAGUGUCGCCAGUAAGGUGUCUUCGGUGCGUUCGGGGUAGACGUUGGUCAACCGUUGGCGUAGUGGAUCUUUUAAAAGCCACGCGAUGGCUACUGGUGGAACGACGGCAAAGAACUUGACGAGCCAGGCGGAAAACGGGAGAACCUGGCGGUUGUUAUUGUGCGGGCACAUUGUUCUCUCUUCUCGUUUUGCGCGUAACCUACUCGGAGUUUAUUUUUGCUUUUGCGGCAUCGAUCGUUUAACUUAACGUUAUGAUUUCCCCUCCCGCCAGGCUCACGUUUUAAUAAGAGGAUGAGACUGUUACGAUUAAUAUACGGAUGAUUUAUACGUUGAGGGGGUUCUUUGGACUGCCGUAUCGAGGACAGAGAAGGCCUUCUUUUUGUAUAGGAAAGGGCAGAUUGUACAUAAUUCCGUAAUAAUAAAAGUUGUUUUUUCUUUUCUUUGGUAA